GAUCAAGACGCGCCUACCCCCCCGCACGCAGUUCAAAAACGGGAAGCGGAGUGAUACAGUACACACGAUCGUUGUACCUAGUUGUCAAACCGAGGGAGGAUAGGCUACCUGAGCGAACAAGUCGCGUAGACUGGAAAAUGAAUAUAGAAAUUGGAGUAAAUAACUGUCAUUUGAUGUGCUGAAAUGACAGUUUUCAAUGCGGCAUCUAUAUAAUUUAGUUGGUUGCUGCUGUUCCAUAGCAACAGCUGCUGAUGUUUUUUCCGUUUGCUCUCUUGGACGAUAAAUACAUGAUCAUUAUAGUACUCCGUUACAGUGCCUAAGAUUCUGAUCAUCUAUAGCCACUAGGGGACAGAUCUAUGGAGCAUUGCACCUGGUUCUCCACCAGUUGUAAGUGAGCUGUCGGGGCGUGGUGGCAUGCGAUCCCUCUGAGCAAGACAGCACCCUCCAGAGGUGACAGCAGUCAGGACAGGCAGCAGGAUGCCAGUGCAGGCGGCCCAAUGGACAGAGUUCCUCUCCUGCCCCAUCUGCUACAACGAGUUUGACAGCAACGGCCACAAGCCCAUCAGUCUGGGCUGCUCACACACCGUGUGUAAGACCUGUCUGCACAAGCUGCACCGCAAGGCCUGCCCCUUCGACCAGACUGCCAUCAGCACUGACAUCGACCUCCUGCCAGUCAACUGUGCCCUGCUACAGCUGGUGGGAGCUCAGGCUGUGGAGUCCCAGCCUGUGUCUCUGAGCAGUGCUGUGGAGGUAGAUCACUAUGAGGUGUGCAGGGUGUGUGUGGAGGAGCUGGCUCUCUACCUCAAACCCAUCAGUGGAGGAAAAGGUGUGGUGACCCUCAGUCCGAGCAUGCUCAGUCGGCCCAUGCAGAGGAAGCUAGUGACGCUCGUCAACUGUCAGCUGGUGGAGGAGGAGGGGCGGGUGCGGGCGGUGCGGGCGGGCAGGUCGCUAGGGGAACGUACCGUUACAGAGCUCAUCCUGCAGCACCAGAACCCACAGCAGCUCUCUGCUAACCUGUGGGCUGCAGUCAGGGCACGGGGAUGCCAGUUCCUGGGGCCUGCCACGCAGGAGGACGCUCUGAAGCUGGUGUUGUUGGCUCUAGAGGACGGCUUAGCUCUGUCCAGGAAAGUUCUGGUGCUGUUUGUGGUCCAGAAGCUGGAGGCUCGGUUCCCUCAGGCCUCCAAGACCUCCAUAGGACAUGUGGUCCAGCUACUCUACAGGGCCUCCUGCUUUAAGGUGACCAAGCGUGACGAGGACUCGUCGCUGAUGCAGCUAAAGGAGGAGUUCCGUACGUACGAGGCUCUGCGUCGCGAGCAUGACGCCCAGAUCGUACACAUCGCCAUGGAGGCGGGGCUCCGUAUCUCUCCUGAACAGUGGUCCUCUCUGCUCUAUGGAGACCUCAUCCACAAGUCACACAUGCAGUCUAUCAUCGAUAAGCUCCAGUCCCCAGAGUCCUUUGCAAAGAGUGUCCAGGAGCUGACGAUAGUUCUACAGAGAACAGGAGACCCAGCCAAUCUGAACAGCCUCAGACCACACCUGAAACUACUGGCCAACAUCGACCACAUCCCAGAUGCGGCAGCUCCGUCGUGGGAGGAGCUGGAGAGUGUGAUGCUGGCGGUGAAGGUGGUAGUCCAUGGUCUGGUGGAGUUUAUACACAACUUCAGUAAGAAGAACCACGAGACACCACAGCCACAGGCCAACAGCAAGUAUAAGACCAGUAUGUGUCGAGACCUCCGGCAGCAGGGGGGCUGUCCCCGAGGAUCCAACUGCACCUUCGCACACACACAGGACGAGCUAGAGACGAACAGAAUGAGAAACAAGAAGAUCAGUGGCGUGGGCCGGCCCUACGCCCUGGCCCAAGGGAGUAUGGGUAGUGGUCUGAGUAUGGAGGGGGAUGACUCAGGAGAGGAGGCUUGCACUGGGGGACUGAAGGGCUCAGACAAGGGGGGGUCAGGGUCCCUAACGGAGGUGGCCACACACCCCCAGCUCAUCCCCAGGGGAGGGGAUAUGAUGGAGAAUAUGAAGAGGGAGAGGUCUGUUCCCAACGGAUCCAACGGACUCACAGGCUCCAGACGCUCCUCAUCUGGCUCUAUGGAACAGAAGUCUAUUUCUCCUCCAAAGACACCCGUAAAUCACUCCUCAGCUCCUUCUCCCUAUGGCCCAGGGUCUAGACUAGAGUGUGACUCUGCACACCCCAAACAGGCCCACUACCUAAUGAUAAGACCCCCGCAUCAGCCCCUUCCCCACCAACCUCAGUCCUCUGAACUGUGCUACCAGGAACCCCGACCUCCCUACGACGCGCAGCCCUACCAGCCAGCCAGUAACUACUACCCCUCUGCGAUACACCACCACAAACCCUGCGUGGCUCGCUUCCUCCGUUCCAGCCACGUCCCAGAGUCCUCUCUGCCCCCAUCCAUGGCCCCUCCGUACUCAGAGCAGCACCCCUCCUUGCCCCCACCACGGGAACAUGCUGGUCCCUCUCCCUACGGUCCGCCACAGGUCCCCCAGUACGGGCCCCUGGCCCCGGCCCACGGUGGCUACGCUCCCCUGUAUGACAGCCGGCGUAUGUGGAGGCCCCAGCUGUACCACAGAGAGGACGCCAGGAGUAACUCGCUGCCUCCCGAGGUGCUGCACUCCUCUCUGUACCAGCCCCCCCUCCGAGAGAGAUACGCCUCCCUGGACAGCCCCUACUGCUCAGCGGGGGAGCAUAGAGCAGCGCUGCACAGGGACUCUUAUGGGCGUGUUCCUCUUGGAUAUGAGGAUCUGUUCAGGCGGAAACAGGAGCAGUGGGCACACCAUCACCACAGCAACGUGAACAGGCCCUCACAGUCCUCCCCUGUCUUCACCGUAGACUUUGGUGCAGAGCAUGGUGACAGUGGUGGUGGUCAGUGUAUGAACUGUAAGUACCGUGGAGAGGAGAGUCUGGCCCACUACUCUCCCUGGUCCUGUGGAACCAUCAGUACCUGCAUCAGCCCCUUCGAACCAGAGCAUCACAAGGCCUCAUCUCACUCCUGCUCCGAACACUUAGAAGUAGACAAUGGUGAAAGGACGCGGUGGCUACACACAUUUGAGCCCUACCGCCGUCUGAAAGACGAGGACCCCAUCAUACCGUUUGGAGAGGGGCCCAUCAUUUCCAAAUGGGGGGCGAUAUCCCGCGCCUCCCGUACAGGGUACCACACCACCGACCCGGUCCAGGCCACGGCCUGUCAAGGAAGGAACAGCACCACCCCCAUCAACUUCAGAGAUUAUGGUCCACACAUCGACCAUGGGGACAACAGGUGGAGCUCCCGGGGGUCUGACUCAUCCAGCCACUCCAGUUUCCUAGAGAGUGACCAGCUGGGAGUGUGUGAGCUUGCCGCCCGUCGGCAGUCAGUCAGCAGUGGAGAGAAGGCUGGUGCAGGAGACCUGCUGCAGACUGACUACUGUAAAGACACGACAGAGAGUGAACCGGACAGAGACAUAGAACUGGAGCUGUCUGCACUAGAUGUGGAGGGCACUGACCUGCAGGACAACAGUCAACAGUCUGAAGAGUCCCUGGAGCGGAGAGACCCCCACCUCCUCACCCCUCCCAGCAGUGAACCCCAGAGGACCCAGAAAGACAAGCUGUCAGCAGACAAGAUGGAAGCACAACUACUGAAGAAGAUGGCCUUCAGGACUAUAAAGGAUAGAGAUCUCUUCUACUCCUUGGUUACUGAUCAGAGCCCAAACUGCAUCUCUGUGUCCCAGGAGGUCUCUCUCCCCUGGAAGUCUGGGCUCAGGAGGCCUCAGCAUGGGGAAGCUGAUGAUGAGGACCGGCCCUCUGAGGCUGGGGGACAUGGGCCCUUGCCCUAACACAGGCCCUGAGAUGCUGCUCAACGGGAGAUGAGAGGCAAAAACACCCCACCGCCACGCCUGGGGGUCCCAACCGGUGGUCCCGACCCAGCGCUACACAGCUCUCUGUACCUGCUGUCACAGUAACAUCUUAGUGUCGUGUAGGCCUGGAUCAUCAGGUACCAACACUAGACUCUCUGCACCUGCUGUCACAGUAACAUCUUAGUGUCGUGUAGGCCUGGAUCAUCAGCUGUCACAGUAACAUCUUAGUGUCGUGUAGGCCUGGAUCAUCAGGUACCAACACUAGACGUGGCUCUAGUCCAACUCCCAUCUACUUUAGACAUUGUAGUAGCCUAUCAAAGGUUCCUAAGGCUUGGCCGUGUUAUCCUGUGUGAAGUGUCAUUUGUUGGUGUCAAGCAUUUCAUAGACGAGAUUCAAGACGAUGACAAUCAAUCAGAUAUCUCAUGGAUGUCACACAUAUGCACAAUUCUAGCCUUUUUUUAAUGUUCGUAAAAUAUCUCCUUAUAUUUAUUCUUAACCGUGGGGUUAAUACAUGAAAAACACCAAAUAGAACAACAUGUAUGAACAAUCCUAGAUAUGAUCAACAGAUUUCAGUAUUCAGUGGUUCUGGCACCAUCUAUCCUCUGUGCAACUGCAGCCAGUGAUUGAAUCGUAGUGAUCUGCUGUAAUGAAAUGAUACGUCUUUACUGACAUUUAUCUGUGCACUGGAACCACAUUACAUAAACUCACAAUGUAAACUGGUUGUUUCAGCUCUUUUUGGUUCUGUGCAUCAAACUCAUAACCUGUGUUUACUAUAACAGAUUGUCAACCAAUCACCAGGUGAUUCUUGUGUUCCUUCAUGCUGUCUUUGUUUAGUUCAGUCCCUGUUCAAACUUUUCACUAAUGUUUUGUUAUUUUCUUUGAAGCAUUGCUAACUUCCGUGAAGUUGUUUGUCAAAAUAUUUUGAAUCGGGAUCUCUGUUUUGUUUCGUUAUUGGUCGUAAUUUUUGGGAAGAAAUGAAACCGAUCCAUCAGUCUGUCUCUAUGUUCAUGUUUCGAGCAGUCUUUUCACUGCUGGUCAACGGUCUAACCAAUAGAGUCCAUCAUCGUUUUGUGAUCGCUACCGAGGGGCAUGCAUUGGCCUAAAAGGGGCAGUGUUAUUUUACUGCAGUUUUGUGCACUGAACGUUCUGUUUGCUGUCUUCUCCUGCCUGUGGGGGUGAAGACAUUCGGGUGAUGCAAUGUGUUAACUUGCAGCACUUAGAAAAACUAUCCUAUUUAUAAUAGGGUUUCUUUUUUUACGGUCUGAAAGGAAGCAGACAGGCUAAGUGAGACACAACUUGACCAGUGAUUGAUAAUCCUUAAGGACUGCCCUAUACAGAUAUAAAGACAUACAGUAUAUCCAUUCUCUAAGCAUUACUAACAGGCUGCUGUAUUUCUGUUAUUCUUCUUAUCCUGUUUCAGACUUUAACUUAAGAAAUUGUCUCAUAUUGUGUACAAUCAAUCACCGGAGUCCAUUAUUGUCUAAUGGUGGACAAGGUCCUUUAGGGGAUAGGGGCCUUUGGAUAUAAGACGUGGGAGGGACCAGGGAGUCUAUUAAGGUUUAGAACCUGGUCAAGUUCAAGGGUAGUGUUGUGACUGUUUUAUCUGCCUCCUGUAGUUCAGGUUUGUUCCAGCAGGGAGUGCUAGAGCCCAGUCUCUGCAGCCCUUAGGGUUGCUAAGCUACUGAUCAAGGGCGUAUUCAUUACUCCGAUUCUGUUGCAAAACAUUUCUUAAAAGGAAGCAAACGGAACGAAACGAUUUGUCCAAUAGAAACUCUCGUUUUAGCUUAAACGUUUUGCAACUGUUUGGCUAAUGAUUACACCCCUGAUUGCAUCUUCAGCACUGAAUAUUAUGGGUCAUGAGCGCAAAUAUUGACAUUAAUUAAUCUUGUUUAAUGUAACUUUCCACCACAUAAAUGUGUUUAAGGAGGGAUUUAUCAUUUUGCUAUAAUGUGUCCCUUUAUGUUUGGAUUCAAUACCAAUAUUAUUACCCAGUUGGGAAGGGAUUGGGUACAAUAAGAACAGUAUUUAGAGUUAUGUAGAUAGAAUGAGUUCCCAGUGUGUUCCAGUGCCUGUCUAAUGAAGCACUGGUGUAAUGAUCUGAUCGCACUGCACUUCCCACGUCAUCAUUGCAAGAUGUUCUUACUACCCACUAUUCAGCCAGUGCCCCCAGGUCAUGCAUGCUAGUCCCUCUUGUUGUCAUGGCGAAGGAGGAGGUACAUGAUUCUGUAGUUGUGAUACAACACACCCAGCUAUGUAAGUGUUCUGCACAUGCCCACUGUGUGGCCACGCCAAGUAUUGUAGCCUGCCUGCAGCAUUUUACUGUUUACUGCUUCUGAAAUGCUUUAUUAUUGAUAACGAUCAAUGUAUUAUUAUUACUUACUACCAUCAUUGGUUGUGUUGUAGUAUUUUACUCUGGAUAAGUCAAGUCUGCUUCUUCAGUUGAAUUUUGAAAAUUUGCUGAAUUGUCAAAGUUAGCCAAGGAUGGUCUUGUAAGGUGAAAACAUUUGCCUGUUUGUCAAUUGUACAACUAUGACAGAACUGAUGUUUGAAUAUUUAUGUCUGUAUUAGACAUUUUCUUAGAAAAUCUAUUGUUCGAUUGAAAUGUAAAUGAAAUAAAAGAUGGUACACACAGCCAUCAUUAUUGUAUACGGCUGGCACCAUCUUA